AUGCUGUCCAACCUCGGAAACAAGGAGCAGGGCCAGGGCCCCAACUACAAGCCGGCUGUGCUGAAAUGGCCAUUCCUGCUGGUCCUGUUUCUUAGCAUUUGCAGUCUCGCGGGGUUGCUCGAAUGUGCUCGUAGGGUCUUGCCCAGUGCCGAGGAGCACGCCGACGUCGACCGGCUUCUUGGCACACCACUGCUGUCCCCGAUCCCCGGUCCCCGCCCUUCAAGAAGCGCGGCCCCGGCUCGGAAUGCCUCGCCAUCUCCUCAACCUGCCAGAGCCAGGCGCCAAGCAGCCGGCCCAGUACCGUCACUGCGGUGGCCGCGUGGAAACACGACGGCCUUUAACCAGACGGCAGCCAACACCACAGCCACCACAGCCAACACCACAGCCAACAACACACUGCACAACAGCCCGGGGCCGGUCCAAGUUCUCGACAACAGCCUGGCCACGGCCAAUAGCUGGAACGGGUGGCCGAGCGGGCCAGGCCCCAGAGCCCUCUUCCUCCAGCCGAACUACUACGCGGACGAGUCGCUGCCGAUUAGUUACUACUACCCCAUUGUCCCCGAGAGCGUGUCGUGGGAUGCCGUGAAAUAUUACGAGUGCGGCGGGCCCAAGACGGCGCCCGACAUGUGCGAGUGCGACUUUAUCCUAUUUGGGCUGGUACCAGCCGACACACCGCAGGACCAGCGGCCCCCCGGAACGUGCGCGGCACGCCAGGAGAUGACAAGCUCGUCCUUCCCGUGCGCGCCGGAUCCGGCCGAGUCGAAACGCAUGUAUACCGCCAUGGCCAACGCCUACUACGACUGCGUGGGUGAUUUCGGAGACGCCGCCCUAGCGCAAAUCCAGGGCCAGGGCAAAACCUCACACCGCGGCUACGGGCCGGGACAGGCCGCCUUUUCCGUCAGCCUGUGGAUGCCGGCCCUGGUCACACGGAUGGACAGCCCGCCGCCGGCCACGACGGCCAUCGUGCGAGUCACGCGCUCUUUCGAGGCCGUCUCGCAGCUCCCCGACGGCCGCGAGGUCACCUACACCAACACGGCCACCGUCUUCAUCGCCGAGCCCGCCGUGUGGCAGACGGCCGUCGUCACCACCCUGACCGGCUCCCACGGCCACCCCACGGCCACGUCCACGAGCUUCCCCCGCGGCAUGCUCGUCGGCACCCAGGACGUCGUGGUCACGCUGCGAGACGCCAACGGCUCCCCAACCGCCACCGUGGCAACGCCCGCCCCGCUGUCGACGCACGUCGUCACCCUGACCGACUCGGCUGGCGUGUCAACGGCCACGGUGACCGAGUACGCGUCGUUUCCCGACGUCGGCGCCGACACGGCCGUGGCGCGCGUGCCGGCGCGCGGCGACUACUUCGUCGGGUCGUUCGUGCCGGUGCUGCUGGCGACGCUGCUGUCCAUCAUGAUCGAGACGGUCGACUCGCAGCUCAAGAGCCUGCUUCCCUUCCACGCGCUCACGCGGCCCGGCGGCGCCCUGGCCCGGCACUCGCUGUCGCUGAGCACGGCCGGGCCCGCCAGCCGCGUCAACAGCCUGCGCCAGCUGUACCGCUUCCGCGAGCCGCUGUCGUUCCUGGGCGACCUGCUCGUGCUCGCGGCCAGCGUGCUGACGGCGCUGUCCAGCGAGGUGGUCACCGUCGAGUGGUUUGGGCCGUGCAACAACAACAGCUACGACGGCUGCUUCAUCAUGCUGUCCGUGUACCAGACGCGCGUCGGCGUGGCCCUGGCGCUGCUGGUGUUCAUGGCUACCGUGGCGGCCGUGCUAGCCGUGGUGCUGUUGCGCUGGCGCACCGGCGUGGCCGCGCCGCCGUGGAGCAUGGCCUCGCUGGCGGCGCUGGUCGCCGGAUGCCGCCACACGCGCGAGCUGCUGCAGUCGGUCGAGCUGCGCGACGGCGAGCGCCACAUCCCGCCCGAGCGGUUCCGCGAGCAGCUGCAGGGCUGGCGGUUCGCGCUGGGCGCGUCCAAAGACGGCCUCGACUACGGUAUCACGGUGGUGGCCGCUGACGGCCAGGCCCAGGCCCAGGACUGGCUUUCCGAGUCUGCCUCCGCCGCCGCAUUCUCGGGCGAGAAGAUGUCGUCGUUUGACGACUCCAGCUCCACGACGACAGGCCCGCCGCCACGAAACAAGCCCUCGACAGCAAGCCAGAAGAACCUGCUGGAGAAGAGCCUGCUGGAGAAGAACCUGGUGGAGAAGAACCUGGUGGAGAAGAACCUGCUGAAGAACCUGCUGGGUUGGGUCGGACGCCACCCGAAAGUCUACGACUACACGAUCCAGACCGUGUUCCUCCUCAUCCUGGCCGCGCUGCUCGGCGUCAUCCUCCGCUACGACACGGUCGUGGCGACGGUCGAAGACAGCGCGUUCGAGGCUUUUAUGGACAGCCAGAACUUUGGCGUGCGCUUCGUUUUUACCGGCGUCGGAGUUAUUAUCACCUUUUUCUGGGACUACUUGUUUGCCCGCACAUCGGCGAUGAACCUGUACCAGAAGAUGUCGCGCCGGCCGCAGCGGGCCGCGUCGUCCAUCCUCGCGUCACCCACGACGACCGUGUUUGGCAGCCUCGGGCGGGCAGUGGCCGACGGCGACGUGCUGGCGGGCGCGGUGGCGGCGGCCACGGUGCUGUCCAGGUUCACGCCGAUCCUGCUGUCCAACAUCCCGUUCAAGCCGACGCAGACGUGGCAGACGCACUACGUGUGCGCGUGGGCCACGGUUGCUGUGCUGGCUUUCAUGCUGGCGGUGCUGCUGGCCGCGCUAGCCGCGCGCGUCUGCCGCCCCGGCCCGCCACUGCCCGCCGAGCCCGGCUGCUCGGUGGCUGAAGCCCUGUACUACGUGUGCGACUCGCGCCUGCUGCGCGACUGCGAGGGCCUGGCGCGCCUGGGCGUCGCCGACCGCAACCGCCGGGUGGUGCAGAUGGGCCGCCGCUAUCGCUUCGGCACCAUGGUGGGCGUGUCGGGGCGGACGAGGAUAGGCGUCGACUAUGCCGAUGCCAGGAGUAGUAGAUAUGCCGAUGCCAGGAGUAGUAGACUUGUGCUGUAA